CACACAGUGCGCGACUGCACAUGUCAUUGAUCCGCUACCUCUGCUUCAGUGAACAGGUUCCCGUGAUUCUGUGGGGUCAUGCCGUGUAGACGGGCCACCAACUUCCGUCGGUGUUCCCCCGGUAGCAUCAUUAUCUUGGUGCUGCUAGCGAUACCUUUCAUGUACUAUGGGAGGAUUUUGUUCCCUGAUGUUCCCGAUACGUACGGGACACAGCUCUCAGAGACUGGAGAGGGGAAUGGUCGGAAUAGAUUUCAAAAUGCUGAUAAUCGGAGCAGGUCCUUAUCCCAAGGAGAGAGUCAAGUUCACCUUGAUAGAAAGCACAUAGACCAAGAGAACAAUCGUGGCAAAGACAGAGUCCGGACCAUUCCCUUGAUACUCAUUGUAUCCAUGAUGCGGAGCGGUACUACAUUUACAGGAGAGGUUUUCCGUUCCUAUCCGGAUUCUCUGUACCUGUUUGAGCCCAUGCAGUACCUGUCUGGUGACGUAGGACAUAACAACAUCACGUACAUGAACGGAACACAAAGGUUCUACGAUAGAACCAGCUUACACGAUCUACACGCUUUGGCCAUCAGAAACCUGCUGCUGUGUAGAUUCCACGACGUGCCUGCUGGCGUUUUCAAAAGCAGUCACUUCCUUUACCAUAAUCAUUUAAAAAACUUCUACAACUGUGUACUGGGGGUUCGCGGGAACGACACUUUGCUAGGGAAAAAGUGUAUACCUAUGCUUACACAGAAAUGUGAACGCGCAACUUCCUUUGCGAUCAAGUUGAUUACCGUACGAAUGGAGGCCAUUGCGCAAGUAAUGAAACUGUUACCAGAAAUGUAUGUCAUACAUUUGGUGAGGGACCCCAGACCAGCUUUAUUUUCACAGAUGAAAGUUGGUCAAGUGGCUGAGAGUAAUUUAGCAAAUGCGAGUGAAUUGCAUUGUUCGGACCUACUCAGUGACUUAGCAGUGACGAAACAAGAAAGUUGUUUCCGACAAAAUUUCCAUCGCCAAAGAUACGAGGACCUUGUACGUGACCCUCUGGACCAAUUCGAGGGAUUGUUUGAAUUCGUAAAUUUGAAAUUCCACCCAAAUGUUCAGGGCAAAAUAAAGCAAAUCGCAAUGAGGAAGGGAGUGGUGAGGAAAUGCCUGUACUGUUCUGACAAAGGGGACGCAAUGGCGGCGUCUCUAGUUUGGAGGAAAUCAGCACACUUUUCACAUGUCACCGAAAUACAAAAACAUUGUGAUAAGGUUAUGAAUGAAUUGGGUUAUAUUUCUGCAAAUUCAUCGGCAGACCUGAAAAACAUUAAUUUUUCUUUAACAAAAUUUUAACAGAGAGAGAGAGAGAGAGAGAGAGAGAGAGAGAGAGAGAUUAGAAAAUAGCAAUCUUAUAAGCUCCAAAAAAAUUUCAUUGUCGUUAAAUCAAUGAUAUAUAUUACAAUCACUAUGCUUGUAAAUUAGAAAUCAUUAAAAUGAC